CAGUGAAGCCGGCUGUGGGGAGAACGCCAGUGAAAAGCAGCAAGGAAGGUGGAGGGAGCUCGGAGGAGGUCCAGCCAGGAAUGAACAAACGUCCCAGCCCCAGUGCUCCGCCCCCCACCCAGCUGAACAAGAUCCAAUAUGGCGGCGGAGGGCAGGUGGUGAAGAGAGAACGUAGACAGAGUUCUUCCAGAUUCAGCCUGACCAAGAACAGGGAGCUCCAUAAACUGCCGCCUCUGAAAGAAUGUCCCUCGGGGGAGGAGCUGGAGGUCCUCUUUGUGGAGAAGAUCCGGCAGUGCUGUGUCCUCUUUGACUUUGUCUCGGAUCCUCUGAGUGACUUGAAGUACAAGGAGGUGAAGCGCGCGGCGCUGACGGAGAUGGUGGAUUUUAUCACGCACGGUCGCGAUGUUCUGACGGACAGUAUUUACCCCGAGGCGGUGCACAUGUUCUGUGUGAACCUGUUCCGGCCCCUGCCGCCCUCUUCUAAUCCUAGCGGAGCCGAGUUUGAUCCGGAGGAGGACGAGCCGACAUUGGAGGCCGCCUGGCCACAUUUACAGCUGGUUUAUGAGUUUUUUCUCAGAUUUCUGGAGUCUCCGGAUUUCCAACCCAACGUAGCCAAGAAAUUCAUCGACCAGAAGUUUGUGCUAUCGCUCCUGGAUCUGUUUGAUAGUGAAGAUCCUCGGGAACGGGAUUUCCUGAAGACAAUUUUGCACAGAAUCUACGGGAAGUUUUUGGGACUCCGAGCUUACAUCAGGCGACACAUCAACAACAUCUUCUACAGGUUCAUUUAUGAGACGGAACAUCACAAUGGAAUUGCUGAACUGCUGGAAAUACUCGGCAGGUAAGUAGUCAUG